GCGCUUUAGACCGAACGAUGAUGUACUGAUAACAAAUUUCCCCGGUUCAAAUUUUUGUUCGAAUUUUUUAGUCUCCAAAUUCACGAUGUUUUUGAAUAAAUUUAUUGAGCUGAAACAAAAACAAUCUGAAUCUCAUCUCACCUAAGUAUCCCUUUAAUUAGAAAUGUUCUUCGUUGGAUUUAUUCCUCUCUACUGUCCUUUCAUUGAGUCAUCAUUUCAGCAAAAUGAAACUGUGGAACACCACUUCGAUUUUAAAGAAAUCAGCGUUGGUGACGAAAUACCCAAGUAUUUGCUCUUGUCGACUACUCAGCAACGAUAUAUGGAAGAAAAAAGUUGACGUCAAAUUGUACAAAGAAACGGAAAACUAUUGGAAGAAGAAAUUCGCCGAACAAUCUUACUUCGACAAGACCAAAUUAGAUGAAAAAUUCUACGUUCUGUCUAUGUUUCCAUAUCCAUCGGGUAAUUUGCACAUGGGCCAUGUACGAGUCUACACCAUAAGUGACGCUUUAGCUCUGUACCAUCGUAUGAAUGGGAAAAAUGUUUUUCAACCCAUGGGUUGGGAUGCCUUUGGUUUACCUGCUGAGAAUGCUGCAUUCGAACGUCAGAUUGCUCCAAAUGUAUGGACGAAGCAGAAUAUCGAACAUAUGAAAAAACAACUACGAGAAUUCUCAUUUUCGUUCGACUGGGAUCAUGAGAUUAAUACCUCAGAUCCGGAGUAUUAUCGUUGGACUCAGUACAUUUUUUUGAAAAUGUACGAAGCCGGAUUAGUUUAUCGAAGAGAAGCUUUGGUGAAUUGGGAUCCAGUUGAUGAAACAGUUCUGGCCGAUGAACAAGUCGACGAAAAUGGUUAUUCGUGGAGAUCUGGCGUUAAAGUUGAGAAACGUAUUUUAAAUCAGUGGUUUAUUCGAACAACUAAAUUUGCCAAAGACUUAUACGAUGGAUUGAAUGACGUUGAUCAAGACACGUGGGAUGGUAUUCCAGAGUUUCAAAGAAACUGGAUUGGCAAAUGCAACGGAUACUCUUUCGAUCUCAUAUUACAUCCCAAAAUGGAGAAAUACAUCAGUGUUUGGGUUGAAGACCCUCUUGUACUUUUAAACGCAGAGUUCAUCGUCAUCAAACCAGACAGUUAUAUUUGUUCGUUACUCGAUGACCAAAGUUCUGAAAAUAUCGAAGCAAAAAAUCCAUUUAAUAAUCGUACAUUACCUAUUUAUGUCUAUAACGAAGGAAUGACAUCCAAAAUAGAUUUUCCUAUCGAAAGAGAUACCUACUUGGGCGCACCUUCUAUAAACGAAUCCGAUAAACAAUUCGCUGAAGAAGUGAAUCAUUCAUCGUCAAAAGUCUCCAACGAUUCGCUCAACGUUCGUCAAAUACUCGAGAAAGCAGAAAAUUUACGUAUAGGAGGGUAUCCUGUAAGUUCAAAGUUGAAAGACUGGCUAAUUUCGAGGCAGCGUUACUGGGGCACACCUAUACCAUUAAUUCAGUGCCCAAAAUGUGGUCCACAACCAGUUCCUUUGGAAGAUUUACCCGUUACUUUGCCUCCUAUUCCGAAAGAUCGUCAAAUUAAUAAAAAUUUAAACAAACUGUUGUGGGAAUCUGACUGGAGAAAUACUUCUUGCCCAAAAUGCGGUGGGAAAGCUGUAAGAGAAACUGAUACUAUGGAUACGUUUGUCGAUUCUUGUUGGUAUUUCUUGAGAUAUGUUGAUCAUAAAAAUGAUGUUGGACCUUUCGAUAGUGAUAUUGCUAAUAAGAUGUUGCCAGUUGAUAUUUACGUCGGGGGAAAAGAGCACGCUCAUCUUCAUCUUUACUAUGCCAGAUUCAUUAGUUAUUUUUUACAUUCGAUCGGACUUACGAAUUUUCGAGAACCUUUUACGAAUUUAUUAUGCCAAGGAAAGGUGAGGAAUAAAACGUACAAAAAUUCUAGAGGUCGUUAUUUUAAACCGGAAGAAAUUGAAUUCAAAGGCAAUAAAGUAUUUUCAAAAGAUUCCAACGAAGAGCUAACUUGCACUUGGGAAAAGAUGGGUAAAUCGAGCUACAAUGGAAUCGAACCGAGCAUCGUUAUUGGCCAGUAUGGCAUUGAUACAACUCGUAUUUUUCUGUUACACGAAUAUUCUCCUAUCGAAAGCAUGGAUUGGGAUACCAAAAAGUUUGCUAUAAUUCAAAAGUGGCAAUACAGAAUGUGGCUGACGAUAACAGAUUUCCUCAGAGUUCGAUCGAAUCCUUUAAAAGGUCCUCAACCAGUUAUCAAUAUGCAAGAAGAAGAAUUGGUUUUGAGAAAAGCUCGUAAUUCUAGUCUCGGAGAAAUAACUCAUCAUUACGAAAAAACACGAAAUUUUGCUUCAAUUUCUUACGCAUUAUUAAAUCAAACGAUGAUCCUACGAAAACCAGCUCGAGAAGUUCGAAAGUAUAGUAAAGAAUACGAGAAAAGUUUAGCUACAUUUUUAAUCACGUUAGCACCGUUGGCGCCUCAUUUUGCGUCUACUUUAUGGCAAGGAUUUGUAUCAGCUCCGGAUAGGAUUUGUGGCGUUGAUGAGAUUAACUGGGAUGAGAAUAUGUUGAAGCAGAAAUGGCCUAAAGUUGAUCCAGAUUAUAUGUUACCAGUUUAUUGUCGAUUCGGUGAUGGCAAAUUGUAUGAAAUUGGUCACGUGAUGAAUCAACAUCUUUCAGAGUUCUCUUUGGAAGAUGCUUUGAAUUUGGUUCAAACAAAUCACAGAUACCAGAAGCUAUCUCCGUUUAAAUUGUUGAAGUUGGUUGGAUUAAGAAAACAUCAAGAAUACAAUGCUACCUUACACUUUGAUAUAAUAAAAUCCGAAAAGCGAACGGAUUACGAAUAAUGUGGUGAUUUUCUUAAUAUUUUGAGAGUUUGUAAAUAAUAAUGUAGUUUUCAUUUUGGAAAACGAAAUACAAUAGGUUUUUAUUUGAGAAAA